CCGGAGCCGACAGCUAAUUGGUCAGCCUGGGCCAGGUUCGGGCUGAUUGGCAUAAGUUCCCGGGACUGCCAGGCUGGGUGGUUGGAGAAGGUACUUGCUGCCGCGCGGCUUGAGUGCGCUCUGUGGAUCAUGUGCUGCUAUGUAUGCCUGAAGUACUUGAAAUGCAAAUUUGGAACGACUUUGCCAUCUAAAUGCUUGGCUGGAUUAAGCGCCUGAUGAGGAUGGUUUUACAGCAAGUUGGAGUAAACAUGCAGUCGGUACUUUGGUCUGGAAAGCCGUAUGGUUCAUCUCGAAGUAUAGUGAGGAAAAUUGGUACUAACUUGUCUCUGAUCCAGUGCCCACGAGUUCAGUUUCAGCUUACUAACAAUGCAACAGAAUGGAGUCCCAGUCCCCAAGGGGAGGAUGCAGUGGCGUCUUUUGCUGAUGUUGGAUGGGUAGCUGCAGAAGAAGGACAGUGCUCAACAAGACUGAGGACAGAAGUAAGAUCAAAACACCCUCUUCAGGAUGACCUUCCUUUCUUUGAGAAGACCCCAAGCAGGCACAUUUCCUUACCAAACUUGACUGAAGAAGAGCCACCUCUGAAGACUGCAACACUGGCAAAUGAGGAAGCCCUGCAGAAAAUCUGUGCUCUUGAAAAUGAACUUGCUGCUCUCAGAGCUCAGAUUGCCAAGAUUGUGACCCUACAGGAGCAACAAAACCUCAGUACAGGUAAUUUAGAUUCUACCACAUCUGUUACUGUAGCACCAGCUCCUCCGCCACCACCACCACCUCCACCUCCACCUCCACCCCCACCUCCCCCUCCACUGGGGCUCCGUCAAAGUGCAUCUGCUGUUGAUUUGAUAAAAGAGCGAAAGGAGCAAAAAGCCAAGGCUGGAAAGACUUUGGCUAAGAACAACCCAAAGAAACCUGGCAUGCCAGAUAUGCUAGAGAUCCUGAAAGAUAUGAACAGUGUUAAGCUUCGGGCAGUCAAGAGGUCGGAGCAAGAUCUAAAGCCUAAGCCAGUGGAUACCACUGACCCUGCUGCCCUCAUAGCAGAGGCUCUGAAAAAGAAGUUUGCAUAUCGGUAUCGAAGCAAUAGCCAAGGUGAAGCUGAAAGAGGAAUUCCAAAGCCAGAAUCAGAGGUUGCCUCAGAGACAGCACUGUUUGGCCCACAUAUGUUGAAGUCCACAGGAAAAAUGAAGGCUUUAAUUGAAAAUGUUUCAGACUCCUAAUGGACAAUCAGUUCAGAAGGCUUCCUUCACCUACUGGCUUGGAGAGCUGAGCUGGCUAGUAGAAAUCAACACUAUUUAGUAAAUUCGUGACUAUAGUAUUCAGAGAUCUUGUUUGUAGCCUAACUAGAGGAUUAGCAAUAGUGAAAGUAUUGUGCGUUUGGUUUUGCUUCUGAGCUGGUCAGGACUGGAGUUCUCCUUCACAUACAUGUGUUGGUGACAUUUUUUAAUGUGUGGCCAGCGUGUUUAGCUUCAGCCCUGAAAGCAUUUGUAAGAUUUCAGACCGUAGGAAAAGAUACUUGUGGAUGCUCCUAUGCUGUAUUUUAAAUGAAUGAACACUAAUGUAUCUGUGCAUAUGUUUUACAUACAUGAAUUUGGAUGCAGAAUAGUUUGUGUAGGAACAAGGAAUGAAUGAGGGUUCUGCCACCUUCCUUCAUUUUCAUCGCUCAUUUAUUGUUCAGUGAUGUAACAGCUGGUACAGCCUGUUAUUGGAGGUUUGUGGAAUGCCUUGAACAGAACUUCUCUCUUACAUAUUUCAUAUUUUUUGGAUCUCAGUUUACAUAGGAAGCAGAUGAUACUUUCUGCUGAAACUGUAAUGCUUUCCGUUAGAAGGAAGGUGAGGACCAGGAAAGCUGCUUACACCUAUUGCCAUCCAGUGCUGAGUAAGCACAUGUACUUGUCAAGUAGAGACAAAUCAAAUUAUUGAAUUAAAUCAUUUUUAAGGGAAAGCCAGUAUGUACCAUCUUUGUGGUUUAGUAAGUGGCAUCAGAAAGAUGACUUUUUGCUGAGUUAAUAUUUCUAGAAAUGUCAGCAUAAAAUCCAGUAUAAUGGAUUUAAAAUUUUUUAAUAUUGAUGAAAAUGUCUUUUACAAUGAACCAUUAUUGAAUAGGUGGAUGAAUUUCCUAUGAAUUAUUUAUCAGUGGUCAGAAUGCUAUCCCAAUGAAUGAAUAUAGCAUGCAGUAUGAAGUUUAGGAGUUACUAGAAAGUAGAAAACUGCCUUUUCAUCUAGGCUUAUAAGGAUUUGGUGUAAAUCAUUUUUAAGUACUUGAUUUUCCAUGAUUUUUUAUUUCUGACAAACUCAACUACAGCUAAUGUCAGAGUCUUGUACCAUGAGUACAUAUUUGGAAUAUUUAACUCUAGACAAUAGUUGUACUUCCUUGGAUUUCCUUGGGAAAUGUAGAUAGAUAUUUUAAGUUAUUUGAAAAUGUGUGUUCUCCUAAGUCUUUACAAGAAUACAAGAAUUGAGGUAUUUACAUAGUUUGACUUCAAAUUGUGGAUGUUGUUGCUAUACAUUGUUUCUAAAAGUUUUAUAUGGUUUCAAAAUUCUGCCUUUUACAAAAUUUGCCUGACACAUGUUUUGACCUCCUAAGAAAUAUAUAUUUAUAUCAGUAUUGAAUUUUGGCUAGUGCUCUAAUAAAAUUAAGUUAUUUUAAAAUAAA